UUGUUUAAAACAAGUAAUUGAUUAAUGUAAGUUUGAGGUUAUUUGCAACAAAUUUCACUUUAAAAUGCUUAAAACAUAAAGUAUUUAAAAGUCGUUUUAAAUAUUUGGGUAAUUAUUUUAUAAUGUCACGGUCCAUUCGAGCAGAAACUCGAAGUCGAGCCAAAGAUGAUAUUAAAAAGAUUAUGCAAGUUGUUGAUCGAGUUCGACAUUGGGAGAAAAAGUGGGUUACAAUUGGGGAUACUACAAUGAAAAUUUACAAAUGGGUACCUGUUGCUAAUAGUGAUGGGAAAAAACUGAAACACAAAGAUGCAAAUAAGGAGAAUCUAAGUCGUAAAACAGCAGCUGUUGAAUCAAGUAAUUCUAGUUUUAGUAUGGCUACAGAAGAUUCAAAUACAUGUUUUUCAACUGUAAGUGAUCUGCAGGGUCCUACUGAUUUUUCUUCUCACGUUCCAUUUUCUGAUGAUUCUAAUUCACAAGGUUGUGAUGUACCUGUGAAAAGAAUAAAAAGUGAUUAAAGUUU